CAUCUCGAAUAUUUUCCAUGUAAACUCCUAAAUCAAUAUCUCUCACGAAUAUUUUCCGUGAAAAUUCACAAAUAUUUGUCCCUUACUCUGUCUUGCAUCGUCCGCUGUGAAAAAAAGAACUCACUGGGAAUGCUUUAGAAGAUAUUCGCCCUGCUACAUACUGCUUGCAGUUGCCUUGUGAGGAAAGUUUUCUUAAUGCAGUUUCAAUGUUUUGCGAGGAAGUUUUCUGGUUUGCCACUUCCGCUAGUUUCUAUUGUGCCUCCUUGUCCAAGAGAGGCCCAUUUUUGGUAUGUCAUGCCUGAUGAGGUAGAGGACAAAAUCCUCUUGAGUCAAUAUGCAAAGCUACUAUCUCCAGAGGAAAAGGAAGACAUAUCUCGUAUGGGAGGAGAUAAGCUUCAGAAGCAUGCCCUAAUUACGCGUACUUUGGUGCGAACCACUCUGGCUAGAUAUUCCCAAGAACGCCCUGAAUCAUUGAAGUUCAGGAAGAACAAAUAUGGAAAGCCGGAGGUAGAAUGGCAACCUAGGGCACAUCAGGUUCCACCGUCCUUGCACUUCAACCUCUCACAUACUUCUUCAUUAAUUGCCUGUGGUGUGACCAUAGACUCUCCUGUUGGCAUCGAUGUAGAAGAGAAACAGAGGAAGAUGAGGAAUGACAUCCUCUCUUUCGCUAAACGUUACUUAUCCUCCCAGGAAGUGGAGUAUUUAUGUGCCCUAAAGGACCCUGAGAUUCAACGACAAGAACUCUUGAAGUUGUGGACUCUCAAGGAAGCAUAUGUUAAGGCAUUGGGUAGGGGAUUUUCGGGAGCACCCUUUAAGGAUUUUACAAUACAUCUAAGAGCCAUGGGGGACUUGAAAUCUCUAAAUGAAGAAUCCGACAUAGUUCUAGAAGCUUCUGGAAACAUAGCUGGUGUCUCAUCAACUUGGCAAUUUGCACUGUUUGAGUUGGCGAAUUCACACUAUGCUGCAAUCUGCAUGGAGCAGAAUGAUAAUAGCAAUGAAGUUGAUAGCAGUGGGAUGAUCAAGUUGAAGGCAUGGAAGACCAUCCCUUACAUAGAGGAUGAAUGCAUAUCUGGAACUGAUUCGAUCGUUAAAAUCAUUGGUUCUGCAAAUGGAGCAGGUGUGUUCUGAAUUAAAAAAUGGUUUUGUGAUUAAAUUUGAAGGUUCAGGGACAUCCAUGGACAUACCGUCCCAAAUUUAUUGAUCAAUCAUAUCGAUCACCUGGAUAUUGAAUCUGAAAGAAAGAGGAAAUUUGAAUUCUAAAA